UGAGCGAAGCGAAUUACUAUUAUUCAACUUAUAGUGAAUUUGACCAUAAUAACGAACUAGUUGUGUAGUAAUAACAUCAAUUUAUUACAGGGAUAGACGAAUAAGUCACAAUGUCUAUCGAAAUAGAAUCCGCAGACGUGAUCCGGCUGAUCCAGCAGUACCUGAAGGAGUCGAAUCUCACGCGCACGCUUCAGACGCUGCAGGAAGAAACAGGUGUGUCACUGAACACAGUGGAGAGUGUGGACGGAUUCUGCGCAGACAUCAACAGCGGGCACUGGGACGCGGUGCUGGGCUGCGUAGCCGCACUGAAGCUGCCCGAGCGCAAGCUGGUGGAGCUGUAUGAACAGGUGGUGCUGGAGCUGAUCGAGCUGCGCGAGCUGGGCGCGGCGCGGCAGCUGCUGCGCAACUCGCACCCCUGCCGGCUCAUGAAGCAGCACCACACCGACCGCUACAUACACCUUGAGAACCUCCUCUCCCGCUCGUACUUCGACCCCCGCGAGGCGUACGGCGCGGGCGGCGGCAAGGAGCGGCGCCGCGCCGCCAUCGCCGCCUCGCUGGCCGGCGAGGUGUCCGUCGUGCCGUCCAGCCGCCUGCUGGCGCUGCUGGGGCAGGCGCUCAAGUGGCAGCAGCACCAGGGGCUGCUCCCGCCAGGCACAACCAUCGACCUGUUCCGAGGCAAGGCCGCCAUCCGCGACGAGGAGGACGACCAGUGCCCCACGCAGCUGUUCAAGACCAUCAAGUUCGGGCAGAAGUCCCACGUGGAGUGCGCGCGCUUCUCGCCCGACGGCCAGUACCUCGUCACCGGCUCCGUCGACGGCCUGGUCGAGGUGUGGAACUUCACGACAGGCAAGAUCCGUAAGGACCUGCGUUACCAAGCUCAAGAGGAAUACAUGAGCAUGGAGGAAGCAGUACUCAGCUUGGCGUUCGCCCGCGACUCGGACACUCUAGCCGCCGGGGCCAACGAUGGCCGCGUCAAGGUGUGGCGCGUGUCGACGGGCGCGGUGCAGCGGCGGCUGGAGCGCGCGCACUCGCGCGGCGUGACCUCGCUGCAGUUCAGCCGGGACUCGGCGCAGCUGCUGUCCGCCUCCUUCGACCGCACCGUGCGCAUCCACGGACUCAAGUCCGGCAAGCUGCUCAAGGAGUUCCGAGGGCACACGUCCUUCGUGAACGAGGCGGUGUUCACCCCGGACGGGCACGGCGUGCUGUCGGGCAGCAGCGACGGGUGCGUGAAGCUGUGGGCGCUGCGCUCGGGCGAGUGCUCCGCCACGCUGAAGCCGCUCGGCGCCGCGGGGGACGCCGGCGCCGAGCCGCCCGUCAACACGCUGCUGCUCACGCCCAAGAACCCCGAGCAUUUUGUCGUCUGCAACCGGACUAACACUGUGGUGAUAAUGAACACGGCCGGGCAGACGGUGCGCUCGUUCUCGUCGGGGCGGCGCGAGCGCGAGGGCGGAGCGCUGACGUGCGCCGCGCUGUCGGCCCGCGGCCGCCUCGUGUACUGCGCCGGCGAGGACCUGGUGCUGUACGCCUUCUGCGCCAACACCGGCAAGCUGGAGCGGACCAUCAACGUGCACGAGAAGGCCGUGAUCGGCAUGACGCACCACCCGCACCAGAACCUGCUGGCCACCUACAGCGAGGACGGCCUGCUCAAGCUCUGGAAGCCCUGAGCGAACCUGCUCCUUCGGUGUCUUAUAACGAUCGGAGCUUUUAUGCCAUUUUCACUGCAAAUCGUAAUGGAGUCUGCAUUUAUUCAAUUACUUAGGUACUUUUCAACA